AUGUUUGCAGCUGAGAAUGGUUUAAGGGGUGACCCAAGGUUGAAGGACAUUUAUGAUGCCAUUAGUGUUGUGCCCAACUUUCCUAAAUCAGGGAUUAUAUUUCAAGACAUAACUACUCUUGUCUCAAAUCAUAUGGCCUUCAAGCACACUGUAGAUAUCUUUGUUGAUCGAUACAGGAACAUCGGUAUCACUGUUGUUGCUGGAGCCGAAGCCAGAGGCUUUAUAUUCGCUCCUUCUAUUGCAUUAGCAAUUGGUGCCAAAUUCAUUCCUCUUCGCAAGCCCGGGAAGCAUCCAGGUGAAGUAAUUUCUGAAGCAUACGAGCUCGAGUAUGGUAAUGAUUGUUUGCAAAUGCAUGUGGGAGCCCUUGUAAAAGGAGACCGUGCUUUAGUUAUCGAUGACUUAGUGGCUACAGGAGGGACAUUAUCUGCAGCCAUGAGGCUUUUGGAACGCCAAGGUGCUGAGGUCGUUGAGUGUGCAUGCAUUAUCGGAUUGCCGGAGCUUAAGGAAAGGCAAUUGUUGGGCGCAAAACCAUUGUACGUCUUGGUGGAGCCUCGACAAUAG